GACUUUCGUAGCAGCAGCACAGCAUAUAUAUACAUCGCGUUAUAUACAGUCAGCAGCGCCUGCUUACGUUUCAAACGGCGGUUCAAUGUUUUGUCAUAAGUCAGCUUCUGCUCCAGUGACCCUUGAGUAGUGCGCAAAGUAGUGCACGUGUUUAGGAGGCAAACAGCUGUUCGCGAAAUCGCGGGUGGACGAGUGCAGCGUGUUGUCGUGCGCGAGCCCCCCUUCAAGAUCAUGGAAGAAUAGUCGUCGUCGUCGUCGUCUUAGCCCCGAGUCUCGCGGAUAUUUUAUCCCGUCCAGUCGUGGUGUUUUUCGGUGCAUCGGGGGAACCUCGAGGCGUGCGUGAAAGUCGCACUAUACGCUUGCUUGCAACAUCUGUGUAAGUGUGCGUGUGGCUAUAACCUUAAAAGAAAAAAAAGAGCGAGAGAGAGAGAGAGAGAGAGACUUGCCUUCGCGCACCGAGUGUCCGAUCGUGCCCCCCGUGCGUGUGUGUGUCUUGUCUGUGGAGGCCUGGGUACAAGGUGUUUUAAAUAAACAAAGGUAAUAAUGGAUUAUGAUGGUGACUACGAUGAAGAAUUUGACGUGGUAAAAGAGCUCGGCCUGCCACCAGGAGUCUACGAUCUCAAGAUCGGCAAGUCGUUCUUCCACGAGACUGGCUUUCACACGCUCAAAUAUGAUUUCAAGCCAGCCAGCGUCGACGAGUCCCAAAGUGCCAGCAUAUACGUAGGAAAAAAUAAUAAACUGACAGUUACUGUGCCGAAUCCAGACGACCAUGCCUCCAACACAGUGUACAAAGGUUCAGUCGAUGAUUGCGAUGACGACUGGGUGUUUGUUAUUGAUAGCGAAACCAGAGAAAUAACUCUAGAACAAUUAACCUCUAAUAUAGUAGUAAAAAAAACUAGGUCAGAUUUAGAAACAAUAAAUUCAGAUGUUAGGAAUGGAGGUGAUUCUGUGCCAAAUCAAAAUUCUGGUGAUUUAGAAUUAGAAGAGAAGAGAAGCCCAGUAAAUCGAAAUCAAUCCAGUCCUAAACAUAAAUUCAGAAUUAAUCCCACAAGUCGCAAUAAAAGUACAACCAAGGUUGUAUCUGAACAUAAAAAGAAGCCAAGUAAUGAUGUAUACCCAAGGAACAAUCGUGCCCCAGUCAAACCAAACAGUCCAACAAUGCCCACAAAUGAUGUUUUAUUGCCUUCUCCACAAGUACCAUUUGGAAGCCUUCCUAUGAUAGGGGAUGAUUUUACAAUGAAUACAAUAAGACCACCAUCACCUGCGUCACCUGUGCACGAAAACAAUUACAAUAAUGAUAUUAAUAAUGUAGGUACAAUGAGUGAUUCUAGUUCUAGUAGCAGCGCUAGCUCUUAUACUUCAGACAGUGAUUCUGAGCCUGAAAAGACUUUUAAACCUGAUAGAGUCAAUCACAAUGAUAAAACAAAAAUAGCUGAUAAUUAUUUACUAACUGAAGACUUACAAUUAUCAUCUGAAUCAGAUAGUGAUUGAAAAUUGUUUUACACUCUUCCAGUUUGAAAGUGGAACAAAUUUUUAAAAUAUAAUAAUAUAUUUUUGUUAGUAAAUGACAUAUUUUUGUUAUAAAGUGUUUGCAGUUGCCUUAGCAGUAUGAGAGAAGUGAAAAUACUUAAUAUGCAUAAUAAUUUUUGAAGAUCUUUUAUUUAUCAAGAAAUUUAUAUGUAUAUAUUUAUAGAUAUUUAUUAUAAAACUUGAAUAUUUGUAAAUAAUAUGUACUUGUUAUAAUGAUAAGCAUGGAUGAUUGAUUUUGUCAUUACUUUUGUGCCUUCUACGUACAAAGAAUAAGAAUAAGUCUUAGGGAAAAUUUUUAAAUAUUGCCAUGUAAAUUGUACUCAUGUACAUAUGAGAUGUUUUGACUAAUAUUCAGUUUAUUUGAAUUGUUAAUAAAUUUAUAAUUUUCAAUUUACAAAUGAACCACA